CCAUCGCUCGGAUCAAUAAAGGGUAGGAGGACUGUUUUGUCAACUUUCUUCUAAAGCAUUUGUUCGAUACAUUCAUAUAAUAGCAAAUGUGGACUUAAUUAAAAACAUUUAUAACAAUACCCUUCCCCCCAGAAACAAUCCAAAUUAUUCAAUCAAUUACGAUAUGGUUACUUUAGAAGAUAGUUGGAAAGAAGCGACUGAGGGCUUAGAUAGUGAAGUUUGUGAAACUUGGUUUACUCGACUCCAGGAAGCAUAUUCCGAGGAGAAGAGGACUUUUCAUCAUGUAGAAUCUCUUUGCGAGAAGCUCAAUCAUUUUUAUGAAAUAAAGGAAUGCAUUAAUAAGCCACAGGCAAUGUUGUUGGCGCUUUUCUUUCAAAACUUUGAAUACGAUCCAAAAGCAUUAGACGAUGAAAAUAAAAGUUUAGAGCACUUCUCAGCUUUUGCAGACGAAGUUGGAAUUCCAGCAGAUGGAGAAUUACGAGAAGAGACUUGCGCUCUAUUGAGAGCAGCGGCGACGCACAGUACAGAGGCACAUAAAAUUGGAGGCGCAUUCGGAGGAGAAGAUGCUCACUAUUUAUUAGAUUUAGAUAUGGCUAUUUUGGGAUCUGUACCUGAAAAAUAUGCAGAAUACAGAGAACAAAUCCGCGGUGAAUAUUCAUUUCUCAGUGAACCCAUGUACACUGCACUGAGACUAAAGGUGCUACAGAAUUUUGUGCAGAUUCCAAAUAUCUUUGCAACGAAGGAAUUUCGAGAAAAAUUUGAAGAGCAGGCGCGACAAAAUAUUCAAGCCGAAGUUGAACUUUUGUCAUAGAAUGUUUUUAAAAACAUUUUUGAUAAAUGCCUUGAUAUUAUUUUAAACAAAAAUGGUCAUAAAAUAAUGUCGUUUUUUUGUGACUGCAAAAAACUAUAUAUAUAUAAAUAUAAAUAGAUCUCAUAAGAUCGAAAAAACACUAUUAAAAAUAAUAAAUAUUUAAU